AUGGACCGUAAGAAGGACAUAGUCAAGCUGCAGCACGAGGAGUACGUCUCCUUCGGCAAGGUCGAGGCCGUGCUGCAAGUCAGCCCCUUUGUCGAUAACCUGCUGGUCUUUGCGGAUUCAACCAAGUCGUGUGCUGUAGCGCUGGUGGUGCCGGUGCCGGCUGCGGUUACGGAUUUCGCCAAGAGGAAAGGGAUUGAGGAGGAGGAUUAUGCAAAGCUGUGUGCAAGGGAGGACGUGGUGGGGGAAGUGUUGAGAUGCCUGCACAAGUGA